AUGAGACAGAAGUUGAACUAUUUUGUCUUAAAGCAAAUCACAAUGUGUGGUUGUACAUGAUUAUGUAACAUCUCCAUAAAAUAAGGUGGUGGCAGCAACAUGCAGUGGAGAUUUUUAUGGUCAGAUGCAGAAAACGUUUUUAAAAGCCUCAAAGGUUGUGCAGAUCUGUCAAAAGUGUUAAACUAGUUUCUCUAAGGCAUCUUUACAUUUCCAGAUUCUUCUGAAAUGUAAUUAAUUUACUGAGUUUAUAGGUCAUAUAACCACCAGAGGUCAUGUUCUUUGCACAAACGCAAAUGAUCUCCAGCAACUUAUGAUUAAACAGCUCAAACUAAAUACCCUCAAUAAGAAAUAUACUUUAACCUAACUAAGGCUGGCUACUGCUAUUUUUCUCUUCACAAAUAGAAAGAAAAUGCAAUGUGCCAAACAUAAAAUCCUAACCUGUUGAAAGUGUUCCAUAUUAUAUCAACCUGCUAAAAAGUAUUUAUAAAACAAAACAAAACACAGAAAUCCAAAAGUGAGGAUAGUUUGAACUGGUUUUCAUAAAGGAGGACUGUCAAGGCAGAAGGUGUAAAUAUUUACAAGUCACCUGCUCAUGAACAGGAUGAGCUUAUGAACUUUAGCAGUAAGCCGUGCUGCUCUCAUGUUUGUCACAAGGUUGGAAUCAAAGGUCAUAUUUUCCGUUCUUUGCCACAAACAUUCAAGAUGCUGAAAAUGGCACAAGUACUCCUCAUCUGCUGUCUUGUUGGGGCAACAAAUGCCCUUUACAAGCAGUGGAUUCCUGAUACCAAUUACGAGAAUAAGACCAACUGGGAUAAAGGAGACGUUCCGUGCGGAAGUGACACAGUUCAGUUUUCAUCUCAAAGAAAAGUGUCUGUGUUUGUGGAAACCACUCAUGCCGUGCAGGAGAUGACGCUACCAAUGGAUGGUGAGAUCAUUCUGAAUUCGGGAGCUGGCUUUUAUGUAAUCAGCGGACAGGACCCUGAUUGUGGCGCAGGAGUGAUAACCAAGUUCAAAGACGCUGACUCGCUUCAAUGGUUUAAUCCAGCUCUGUGGCAGGCAGCUGCAACUCUGAAUGAUCUACAGGAUGGACAUUUCCUCUUCUCGGUGCAUGAGGAGAGCGUACCCUGUCAGCAGGAUGACGUCGUGUUCAAACCCCUCUCCUCUUUCCGUGUGGACACCAGCUCCAGCCAGACCACCAUCCCCGUCAAAUCCGUAUCUGUGCUGGGAAAUGUAUUUGACAGCAAGUCCGAGUUCUCCGAGUAUCUCGGCUCACAAUCAGGCCUGCUGCAGUUUCACGGGUCAUCAUCGGUCACUGUUGGAAACCCAAGUUGUGGGGAUGCUACUGGCUGUGACUGUGGGAACUCUGUCAACCAUGAACGCAUCUGCAGCACAGUGACCUGUGGCACUCUGAGCUGUAAAAAGCCUUUGCUUCCCAUCGGACACUGCUGCGAGGUGUGUGGCGCAAUAAUUGUCAUCUAUUUUUCUGACAGCUUUAACCUGGAAAAUUAUAGGGGACGAAUCCGUCACCUUUUCCUUUCACUGCCAAAAUAUCAGUCCAUUCAGCUGGGCAUGUCUAAAAUCUUAAAGCCACAGAGGUUGAUGGGAAUUAUCCCAUUUGGAUCUUCACCUGAGAUUCAAGUAGUCAUUCUGGAUGGAGAGACUGGGAAACUAUCAGAAGUGCUGGCCCAGGACAUGACCAAGGAUAUUAAAUCUCAUGGCUCAAAUCUGGGCAUAACAGGAGCCGAAAUUCAGACUGCUAGUGAGCCUGGAAGCAGUGCAGGGACAGUAGUUGGGGCAGUGUUUGGAGUCUUACUCGUGGUUACACUUAUUGUGAUUGUGGUUGUGCUAAUCCGUAAGGGAAUUGUACAGAUGCCUUCGAUGCCUUCGAUGCCUUCGAUGCCAUCUCUGAGCCGCUUCAGGAGAAACACUGACGUCGAUGAUCUUAACGCGGCUGCUGACCGUGGAUUUGACAAUCCGAUAUUUGAUAAACCUGAUAUGCUGAAUAACAUUUCUGGUCUGUAUAGCACUGAUUCCAUCUCCAUGACUCAGGCAGGCGUGCACUUUAUAAAUCCAGCUUAUGAUGAGAACGAAAUAGAUUUUACAGUUUGAAGUUAACUUUUCACGCACUUUUGUGAUUAAAUGUCAACAUGCCUUUUAAAAAGAUAGAGGAUGAUUGUAAAUUUAUAACAGCUAAGUCUUAUCAAUGUGAUUGUAUAUUGAUGUGGGACAAUGAGAAGUUUAAUGACCAAAUAAACUUGCAGGGCAAAUAAAGAGAA